UUGUAAAAAUUUACAUUCUGUUUUGUAGUUAUAAAAUCAGACGUGUUGCAACGUGGUUUUUCAAAUUCAAGGUAAACGAGAUUCACUGAUGGAUAGGAGAGCAAACGUGAAAUGGAUUCACGCGAUUGGCGUUGUUUUAAUCAUCACAAAUGCAGCGUCUGGAGUCAGUGGUGACAACCCGGAUAAUUCUUCAUGCAGAAUACUGGGAACUGGCAGUACAGAAUGUGGCAGUAAAUGUUGUCCUGCAAUAAGAAAAUUUUGUUAUGCGCAUAAUAUUGUGAAAACCCAAGAACACGUAUAUGAACAUUAUUUUCCGAUUCGUGCAAGAAAUGGUAUCGUUGAGCUACGAUUCAAAGUGAAAGGGGAUCACGACGCUAAUCUGAUGUUUACAGAUCGCCUGUUCGUUACUGAAUUUGGAUUCAACGUUUAUGAGAUAGUACUGGGCAGAGAUGAAAACAAGCGAUCAUUCAUCAAAAAAUAUAAAGAAUGGGAUCAUGAAUCAAAUUACGAAUAUACGUAUAAUAUAUUGUCAACCGACGAAUGGCGCGAAUUCUGGGUUCGAAUUGAUAAUAGGGAGGUGUCGCGUUAUGGUACAGUAAAAACUAGAGUAUCAGUGGGAAAAAAGGGCGAAAAUGCUUUCAUAGAAUUAACAAAUGAACAGUUCAAUCUAAAUAUUAAAUAUUACACCGUUUCUGGUUGAGGACAUGCUAAUAUUUUAUGGAGCUUACCUGCAAUCGAGCUAGACGAUUUUUCCUGAUGAAAUUCUUGUUGACAGGCGGUAUCAAUGUUUUAAAACCGCAUACUGCCGAUGCAGUUAUGACUGUUAUAAGUAAUUGACCGAAUAACAAUUUUUUAAGAUUAAAUAUCUUCUUUAAUUGUU